CUUCCUCUCUCAGGAUCACUGUCACUCUGAACUUCUCCUAUUUCUCCGAAGAGAUCGGGAAUCAGGAGUCUUUGUUGUGACAUACAAAUCAGGGAUAAUGGCGAAAGAGAAGGUGGUUCUCCAUCACCCAAUAGGCGACGCAAACGAGAAGAGCCCCUUUGGAACCCUAUCGGCGGAGGAGUUCUACGAACGAAAUUCCGUCUCUCACUCCUCUCAGUACAUCACCAACGCUAGAGGCAUGAAGCUCUUCACCCAAUCCUGGAUCCCUCUCCCACCCAACGACAUCUUGGGUAUAGUCGCCGUCGUCCACGGUUAUACCGGCGAGACAAGUUGGUUCGUACAGCUCACCUCCAUCCUCCUCGCCAAAUCAGGUUUCGCCACCUGUGCCAUCGACCACCAGGGCCACGGUUUCUCCGAAGGUCUCCAGAACCACAUCCCCGACAUCAACCCCGUCGUCGACGACUGCAUCUCUUACUUUGACUCCUUUAGGGCUCAGUACUCACCCUCUCUUCCUUCUUUCCUCUACUCCGAAUCCCUAGGCGGGGCCAUCGCUCUCCUCAUUCACCUCCACGGCAAGCAACCAGACAGCAGCAGCAAACCCUGGGACGGCGUCGUGUUAAACGGCGCUAUGUGUGGAGUGAGUGACAAGGUCAAGCCUCCAUGGCCGGUGGAGUACUUACUGUCGUUGGUGGCCACUCUGGCUCCGACGUGGCAGAUAGUCCCGACCAAAGGGAGCAUCGUGGAGGUUUCGUUCAAGGAGGAAUGGAAGAGGAAGUUGGGGAUGGCCUGUCCGAGGCGGAGUACGGCAAGGCCGCGGGCGGCGACGGCACGGGAACUGCUGAGGAUAUCGACGGAGCUCCAAGGGAGGUUCGAGGAGGUGGAUCUGCCGAUGCUUAUCUUGCACGGUGAGGAAGACGUCCUGUGUGACCCGGCCUGUGCCGAGGAGCUGUUUCGACGCGCCGGCAGCAAAGACAAGACGAUUCGAAUGUACCCUGGCAUGUUGCACCAGAUCAUAGGUGAACCCCAGGAGAAUGUCGACUUGGUAUUCGGUGAGGUCGUCGAAUGGCUCCAAACCCGAGCCAGACGCUAGGCAGCACCACCAGCAGCAGGCGCCGCGUGAUGAAUAACGAUGACACCGUCGAGCCCCGCGAACCCGCCG